UAACGCUUUUAUACAUAACCUCACAGUUGACAUGUGUCUCUGUUUAAAGCUUGGUUUAAAUAUGUUAAAAUUAUAAUUUAUAUUAUCUUUUUAAGUAAUAGUAAAAGCAAGAGCAAUAAGAUUUCUCUUAUUAAAUAAUCGUACUUUGAAAACUUACUUCUAUAAUCAUUGCUUAAUUUCUAUAGAUAUAUAUUGUGUAUAUAUUCAAACAACAAAGGAAAUUGUUUACAUAUUGUGAUAAAAAUGUCAAAAUAAAUAUUAAAAAAGACUCGGAAUUAAAGUAUUCUACUGGUCAUUCAUCAAAGAUUUAGACUAUACUAUAAUUUUAUAUAAAUACAGUGUCAAAUAUGAAUGAAAACAUAUUUAGACAAAUAAAAAGUAAAUUAAAAUCAGAAUGUUAUUCAAUGAAUAAUGAAUGGUUGAGAGAUUGUAUAGAGUUUUAUGUAGACCAGCAUAAAAAUUCAAGUUCACAAGAAAUUUUAGAAUUUGUAAAGGCACAAUGGCAACUUAGUGAUUUACGUGUAAUUAAUAAUGAGAAUGGAAGUUUACCACACAAUCUUUCAGAACAAAAAUGUAUUGUAUUAAAUGAGAACUACAUUCUUCAGGUAGAACAAAUGUAUGAUAUUGCAAUGUCAAAAUAUAAACAAUUAGAACAAAUUAGAAACACUCAUAUCUCAGAAGUAGAAUUAUCUGAAGCAGAAAAAAUGGAAAAAUGGGAACCUCCUAAAAAAAGAAUGAUGCAAUUACGAUUAACAGAUGGGUUGCAAGAUGUAAUUGGAAUUGAAUAUAAUUAUAUACCUCAACUAAAUGAUACGUUAUUACCAGGGUAUAAAGUUAUGAUAAUGGGCCCAGUGAAAUGUCACAAAGGUGUACUGUUAUUAGAAAAAGGGAAACUAAAAGGAAUUGGUGGUGAAGUAGAUAGUUUAUUAAUACCUAAUGCAUUGGAAAAUGUUUUAGCCAGAGCUCUAAAUCUUCCAGAGAAUCCUGACCCCUAUAAUGAUAAUGACACUAAGUCAAAUGUCAUUAAACAUGAACAAUCACAAAUAGAUGAUAGCUUUUUUGAAGAAGACUUUGAGAUAAAUCUUGAAGAUGUUUCUAAAAUUGAAGAUUCCCAUAAAAAAGACAAUAAAAAAGGUUCUACUGAAACAGAAAUUAAGACAAAAAUUAACACUGAAAUUAAAACAGUUCAAGAUCAUAAAAAUGAAAAAAUGUUUAUUGAUGAUGAUUUUUUUCAAACAGAAAUUAAAAACGCUAACACUGAAAUUAAAAUAGUUAAUUAUGAAAAUGAAAAAAUCUUGGACGAUGACGAUUGUCUUUUAGAAAUGAUUGAUGAAGGACAACUUAUAGAAACACAAAUAGAACAAAAAAAUAUCGCAACACCUUUUAGAACUUUGCCAAAAGAAGGAAACCAUGAUAUUAUUAUAAUAAAUGACGAGGAAGUAACAGAUGUCAAAUACAAUGUUUCUAGAAAAAUUGAGAAAAAAAAUUCUAAAUUGUUUACUAAUAAAUCAGAUUCAUCAAUUUCUCGUUCAAAAUUAGAAGAAAAGCCACAAUCUUUGUUAACUGGCGAAAAAAGAAGUGUUCCAAUUUCUCCUUCCGAAAUAGUACCUUUGAAAAAGAGUAAAAUAAAUAGACGGAUUACAGAAUUUACAAAAGUAAUAAAUACUCCAGAAGAACCAAAAAUUUGUGAAUUUAUACGCGAUAUAAAUAAUGAAACAGUCACCGAAACUAUUUUUAGAACAAUUCGAGGUUAUGUUGAAGUUGUUGGAAAAUUAACAAAGAAAGAUUCAUUGUGGAUUUUGGAAGCUGUAGUAGCAGAUAAUACUGGAACAAUAGAAGUUUCUUUCUCAAAUAAGGUGUUGAAUUAUAAUUUAUUUAAAAUAAAUAAUUUAUUAGAAAAUUUAAUAUAUUUUAAAUAAUUACAAUUUUUAUAAUUUUAGGUUCUAGAAAAUUUAAUAGGUUUCAGUGUUCAAGAAUUCUCAUUAAAAAAGAAAUUAAAGAAAAACCCAGAAAUUGAGCAUGAACUUAGAAUGGUAUUUUGAUUUAUUAUUUGAUAUUUUUGAAUAUUUGUAUUAUUUAUACUUAUUAUAUUUUCAUUGUAUUUUAUAUUUCAUAAAAAAUAUAUAAAUAUUUCAGAGUUUUCGUAGUGCAGAACAAAAGAUGAAAACUUUAGAUGCACUCUUGAAAUUAGAAUUAAAUAUAAAUAAAAAGCCAACAGUAAUUGAAAUCAUUGAUUUAAGUCAAGAACAGAAAGAAAUAAUAGAUAGACAAAUAAAAAAUUUUUUACUUAAAAAUAACACUUAAAUUAUAAUUUAUUUUUAGUAAUUCAGUGAAUGUUAUAUGUAAUAAAUGAUUCAUCUUGCGAGUAAUAAAUGUAACAAUAUGAUAAAUUUAUUUUUACUAAAUUUUUUGAUAUAAUAAAAAAUAUAAGUAAUUUAUUAUUUAAUACACUUAUUAUUAUUAUUAUUAUUAUUAUUAAAUAACAUUUAUACAUUUAUUAUUAAAUAACACUAUUAUAAUUUAAAACCUGAAUGAAUAGCUACUAUUCCACAAGUUAAAUUUUCAUGUGUUACAUUUCUGAAACCUGCUGCUUCAAUCAGUUGCUAAAAUAAUAUUUAAAAAUCAAAUAUAUUUCUUAUAUCUAAUUUAUAUAUAAAUAUCACAUUAUUAUCAUAUUGUAUUACUUACUUUAAAUUCUUCUUGUUUUGGAAAUUUUCUAAUACUCUCAACAAGAUAUUGAUAAGGUUGCCAUUCCCCUGCUAUGAGUGUACCCAAUACAGGUAUUAUUUGAAAUGAAUACUGAUCAUAGAACCUAAACAUUUUUUUUUAUAAUGUAUAACUAUCCAAUUUAAAUAAUAUUUAGUUUAUCUCAAGAUUAACUAG